CACAUCACCGGCCGCCUGACGUCGCUGCGGGCCGGCUGGCACCUGGACCUCGACACCUUCCCAGCCCCCACCCCGCGGGGGACGGUCACCUUCUCCAACGUGGUGGCCACGCUGUCCCCCGCCGCCCCCCGCCGCCUGACGCUGGCGUGUCACUACGACACCAAAGUGUUGGCGUCACCCGGAGCCGCUGCUGCUUCUUUCGUCGGGGCCACCGACUCGGCCGUGCCCUGCGCCAUGCUGCUGGAGGUGGCGGCCGCCCUCGAUGGGCCCCUGCAGAGCGCCAAGGAGGGGAGAAGCGUCUGCGGCGCCUGGGGCUGCUCCACGCCUCCCCCCACGACCAACCCUUCUUCAGGCUCAGCCCGGCCCCGGGGCCGGUGGAGGACGACCACAUCCCCUUCCUGCAACGUGGUGUCCCCGUGCUGCACCUCAUCCCCCUGCCCUUCCCGUGGGUCUGGCACACGGUGGAGGACAACGAGGACAACCUGCACCCGCCCACCGUGGAGGACCUCUGCAAGAUCCUCACCGCCUUCGUGGCCGAGUUCCUGCAGCUCUGAGCCACCCGUGUCACCCGGUGUCACCCGUGUCACCCCCCUCCCCCAGCCUGAGCCAGCUGGGGUGGUGGGACUCACCCUGGGUGUGCUGGGAGCCACCAAUAAAGUCGGUGGGGCCCGG